AUGAGCCGUCAGACCGCUGCAGCCAUCCCAACUGGUACCUCCAAGUGUCCCCCUUCUCAGCGGGUGCCAGCUUUGACAGGAACAACGGCUUCCAACAAUGACCUGGCGAGCCUCUUUGAAUGCCCCGUGUGCUUUGACUAUGUCUUGCCACCAAUCCUCCAGUGUCAAAGUGGACAUCUCGUGUGUAGCAACUGUCGCCCGAAGCUCACAUGUUGCCCAACCUGCCGGGGCCCUUUGGGAUCCAUUCGCAACUUGGCAAUGGAAAAGGUUGCGAACUCUGUCCUCUUCCCCUGCAAAUACGCUUCUUCGGGUUGUGAGGUGACAUUGCCGCACACGGAGAAGGCGGACCACGAAGAGCUGUGUGAAUUCCGACCGUAUUCGUGUCCCUGUCCGGGGGCAUCUUGUAAGUGGCAAGGUUCCCUGGACGCGGUGAUGCCGCACCUCAUGCACCAGCAUAAAUCCAUCACAACAUUACAAGGGGAGGAUAUAGUGUUUCUUGCCACGGACAUCAACCUUCCGGGUGCUGUUGACUGGGUCAUGAUGCAGUCCUGUUUCGGCUUUCAUUUCAUGUUGGUCUUGGAGAAACAAGAAAAGUACGACGGCCACCAACAAUUCUUUGCCAUCGUGCAGCUAAUAGGAACGCGCAAGCAAGCCGAGAACUUUGCGUACAGGCUGGAGCUGAACGGCCACCGCCGGCGACUAACAUGGGAAGCCACUCCGCGCUCUAUUCAUGAGGGCAUCGCAACCGCCAUCAUGAACAGCGACUGCCUAGUGUUCGACACAAGCAUUGCACAACUUUUCGCAGAAAAUGGCAAUUUAGGAAUAAAUGUGACAAUCUCCAUGUGUUAA